AUGCCCGGGGAACCACCAUUGCUGCCGGGUCCAAGUCCGGUCUUUGACAAAAUUGAGAACUUCAAUUUUUUGAUGUCGCGCCACGAUCCAGCAGCCAAGACUCGACAGUACUCAUUCGAUGCUGAUACCGGGCUGGUCCCGUUCGGCAAUGUGAGCAUGGAUUAUGAUCAGACCGAAGGCAUGGGCGGUCUGUCCGUCAGUUCGUACGAGAGUAUAGAGGACGACCGCCAUUCUCUCGAUCUCCGAGGUUAUCCUUAUGGCCCUUCUGGCGAGAAGUCCGUCAACUACAGCCUCCCAGAGCACAUGAUGCCCUACUCAGCUCAUUCCAUCUACCCGCCAGUCCCCUAUGCGCCCGACGACCUCGGCCAUGCACCGGGGGCUCUCACGCCAUCUGAUGUCUCGUCGUCCAUCUCUCCGCCAAACGGCCAGAUGGGCAACACCAAAUACAGCACUUCCAUCUCGGGCGACCGUAUCGCUGCUGCGCUCGACCAAGAGGAAGGUGUGCGUGGUGCGGCUGAAGAAGAUCGCCGUCGCCGCAACACCGCUGCCAGCGCCCGCUUCCGCAUGAAGAAGAAGCAGCGUGAGCAGGUCCUCGAACGUACCGUUCGGGAAACCACCGAGAAGAACGCCUCCCUCGAGGCUCGUGUUGCCCAGCUCGAAAUGGAGAACCGCUGGCUCAAGAACCUCCUCACCGAGAAACACGACGUGGGUUCUUCUCGCCUGCCGCCUCCAGCUAAAGAUACCUCGGCACUCGAGGUAAAACGUCCCAGCGGCAACACCAGACAAAAACAUAUUCAGCCCAAAAAGAAGGGCGUCGGCACCGACGAGUGA